UCUCGUGAGAGUCUGAUACCGGAAGUGUUCAGACGUAUCAUGUGAUUUGCUCUUGCUGGCACUCUGCUUGAGUAGUUCUCUUUAUAUAUCCAUGGAGUAGCUAUGUCAAAAUAAUUAUAUUUUUGACAGGACGGUUUUAGAAGAACCCCACGUUGUAUCCAAAAGGAACUCUACAAGAUGCAGAACGUCAUAAACACAGUGAAAGGCACGGCUCUCGGAGUGGCUGAGUUUCUCACUCCAGUGUUGAAGGAAUCGAAAUUCAAAGAGACUGGAGUCAUUACACCAGAGGAGUUUGUAGCAGCUGGAGAUCACUUGGUUCACCAUUGUCCCACAUGGAAAUGGGCCACUGGGGAAGAAGUCAAGGUGAAGCCAUAUUUGCCCCAGGAUAAACAAUUUCUCCUGACACGCAAUGUUCCCUGUUACAAGCGUUGUAAACAGAUGGAGUAUUCAGAUGAGCUGGAAGCCAUCAUAGAGGAGGAUGAUGGAGACGGGGGCUGGGUGGACACUUACCAUAAUUCAGGUGUGUUAGGAGUCACAGAUGCUGUACGAGAAAUUUCAUUGGACAAUAAUAAGGACAAGAACAUGAAUGCCACAUCUGCAGCAUGUUGUGAUGAUGACGAUGAAGAUGAUGAUGAAGAUGGAGAAGCAGCAGAUAUGGAAGAAUAUGAGGAAAGUGGCCUGUUGGAAACAGAUGAGGCGACCCUGGAUACCAGUAAAAUGGUAGAAACUAAAGCCAAAGCAGAGCUUGGGAGUGAAGAUGCCAUCCUUCAGACUAGAACAUAUGACCUGUACAUCACAUAUGAUAAAUACUACCAGACCCCUCGUCUCUGGCUGUUUGGAUAUGAUGAAGACAGGCAACCACUGACUGUAGAACAGAUGUAUGAGGACAUCAGCCAGGACCACGUGAAGAAGACGGUCACCAUUGAGAACCACCCUCACCUUCCUCCACCUGCCAUGUGCUCUGUCCACCCCUGCAGACAUGCUGAAGUGAUGAAAAAGAUCAUUGAGACUGUGGCAGAAGGGGGAGGAGAGCUGGGAGUGCAUAUGUAUCUUCUGAUUUUCCUAAAGUUUGUCCAGGCUGUCAUUCCCACAAUAGAAUACGACUACACAAGACACUUCACCAUGUAGCUUCAUAAAAUCGGCCUCUGCUAAUGCAACAUCUGUACAUGGGAAAGAUCAGCUCUUCUGCCUCUAUGUUGAGAUUAUAUCCGGUCUGGUCUGAUCUGAUUACAACCUAUUUGUGGAAUGUUUGUGUUACUCUGAGACACUUUGGUGUGUCAGAGUAACACAAACAGGGUGCAGGACAUGAGGAAUGUGUGGGUGCAGGACAUGAGGAAUGUUGGAGGUAUGUGACAAAACUGUUUGUUAAAGGAACAGUCCAAAGUUUUGGGAAACAGGCUUGUUUUCCAUGAAACCCAGAGUCAGUGUUUUUUUUCACUUUUGACAAAGCUAGCUAGUCGUUUCCCCCAACUUCCAGUCUUUGUGUUAAACUGGCCUAACCACAUCCAUGACAUAUUUCUGUACUAGACACACAGAAAUGAAACCGAUAUCCAUCUUCUCAUCUGACUCUUGUCAGACUGCAGACAAGGCUUUGUCCCAAAAGUUGGACUGUUCCUCUGUUUCUCUACGGGUUUAAUGUUGUGACCACAAUGUGGUGAGCUCUCACAAAGUUCUUGUUAAGAAGAUUUUGAUGCUGUCACUAAAACUCACCCCAUUCCAUUCUGCUUUAAAUGUAAGAGACAAUUUCAGAAAAUAAAUUAACCCUGGUUGUGCAAAGGGUCACCUCCAUGAGUUAGUAAGAAUUAGAUGGGUUCUAGAAAACAGACCUGGAUUAGAUAAAGCUUGUGCACACAUUGAAAACAGUUAUCUUCAGUUUAUGCCCUGCCUUCAGUAUCUGUCACAAAAAUUAAAGCUGCAUUAAGCGUUUUUUUUUUUCUUUCGGGCAUGGGCAGCAGAACAAAGUCGAACCCAGCAUUGAAAUUUUAUCUUAUAAAGUUAUAUAACAUGUUAGCAGUUGCCUAUUAACACAUUCAGCAAAUACAGAGCAACAUUAGCAUUCAUUUUUUUUGGUUUGCUCUUGAUGAAUGUAAGUCCAAUAUUCAGUCUCUUUUAGCUCUGUUUUCGGUCUCCACCAACUCCUGAGAAAAAUAUCUGGCUCCUAAAUGCUCACCAGCUAGUCUCUAACUGUGUCUGUCUGCUUUUUUUACUGCUGAGCAGGUAGUGUACAGUGGAUUUAUCAAAGCUUUUUCACUGAAAACAGCUGCCUGCUGCUGCUGGUAUUCAAGUUGAUGAGAUUGGUGAGACUGAACCAAAACAGUAAAAUUGUGGGUUGUAAAACCAAAACAAUGAGCAUGCCCUGCCCUACGCUGUGGCCCUUCACUGCCUUUAGUCAUCUGUUUAUGCACAUCCAUUUCUUGUGCAACUACAAAUAAUAUUCAAGAAAAAAUAUUUAAAAUCUGUGAUUUGGACUCGGACAGCUAUUGGUAGGAAAUGUAUGUUUUCUUGCUAACAUCACUUUCUAAAACGUCUCUGUACCUGAUGGCAACAUUGAUAGAAGCUUCUUGACUAUUAACAAUAUUGUUCCCAUGCCUCACUGCAGUGGUUAUUAUUGCUUCCAUUCUAAUGCACUUUGCAGGAGUUAUGGCUGAACCUCGGUAUUGUAAAUCAGCUCUUUAUGCCAGUCUGUCUUAAUACUUCAUUCUCUGAAUGUGUUGAUGGUGAGGUCCUUUCAUUCACCCAUGGUUCUUGUGGUUGGCUUAUAUGUUUUUUGUGUUUUACUUUGGGACAAUUUUCUCUCUGCAACUGGUAUCAGAAUUUUGAAAUUUUUUUUCUUUCAGUUUGUCUUGCUUUUACAAGCAUGAUGUAUCACUACCUACUGUGUCUAAGAGUUAUGUGAAGGUUGGCUGUGACCUCUAUUGUGCAGCAUUUUUGCAAAUCAAAUAAAGAAUUAUUUUAUUGUCACAAGCCUUGGCAUACUUCAAUAAAUCCUUUAAUUAAUUUCUGGUCUGUUUUGGUUAUAAGAUUGUGAAUUAUAAACUAUAUUUGGCUCAUUACAGUAACAUGUUUCUGAAAGUACUUACAUAACUAAAUAAAGUACCUGCUUCAGUAAUCCUUGCUCUACUUUCCUUGUCUGUUGGUUGGAUAAAAUAUUCACUCUGUUCUGUCUGUUGGUCCAGUCUCCUGAUGUAACUUGCUCACUGGUAACACAUUUUAAAGUAAUGUACAUUUAUCAAUAAAGAAUUUCCCAGAAAUUGUAAACAGAA